AUGUCGCGGGUCGCGGCUACAGGACGGUAUUCAGAUAUUUUUGAUGUUGCAGAGCCCUUUAUCUCGGUUCCCUUAAGACAUUGGUGUAUAUUGUACUAAGAAAAAUUGCUUAUGUUUUCAAGAUCUACACGUCAUGUAAAGGAAAACCCCAACUUUGCGGACACCCUGUAUUGCCAAAAUUAUGACACUACAAUGCGUAGUCACGAUCCACUCCUUCAACUGUCACCAGAAAACGGCUUGAACACAUGCAAGCAUCAGGAGCAUCUUGACAGCAUUCACUGUAAUCUGGUUACUGGUGAAGGGCUAUUCGUUCUUGAGUGUGGCGGUGAAUCCACUUCUAGUUCUGGGGAGGUGCUGGUAGAUGGUCGGGGCGAUUCUUUUCCUUCCCAUCUAGAAACAAUAUAGCAGGUGAAGAUAUUUAUAGAACAAGUACCUGAUACGAAUUAUUUUCAUGGAUAUACGAGGUCUAGUAGAAAAGUAGUGGACUUUUUGAGGAUCCAGUUGGUUCUUAAAAUUUGCAAAUUUGCAGAUUUUCAGCAUUGGCCUCUCCUGAGAAAAUAUGCAACCACAAGCUCUUCAAAAAGUUUUUGAGGUAUAACGUACCAUAGAGGAAUGAUUGUCAGCAGCCGCGAAAAAUCACCAGGAGGUUAUGAAAAACAGAGGUGUAAGUCUCAGAUCCUUUUUUGGAGCGGACUGAAUAUCAGAAAAUUGCCAAUUCUCUGGGAAAAUACCGGAUUCGUAGGAUACCUGGAAGAGACGCGAAAGAACUGGAGCGCCAUCUAGCGACCAUAAACCGGACUAAGCUGACAAUUAUCAAGAGGGCAGAUGAAUACUUUUUCAAACAAGAUCAAGAUCAUCAAAAUCGGUGCAAUCGAACAGAGGUCAUGUCACUUUUGACAUUAUACUCGUCAAACUAAUCAAAAUAUGAGAAAAUGACGUUACCAAAGAAAUUCUGAAAUUGAGCUGCCAACACGAUUCCACAAUUUUAUGGAGCUACAUAUGAAGUGCCCCUUGUCCCGAAUACACCCCUGUUCGAGACAAAAUAAAUGGAACAGUAUUCUAUUCAGCAGCAGAGCACAAGGGGAGGAUCCCGCACCCUUUGAAAAGACUCACCCCCUGUAAAACUAUUUGGUCACAACCUAAUGAUUCGUAAAACUAUCAAAGGAAUAAAUUACGAGCGGACUGAAGAAGGGCUAAUAUAAGGGCUAAUAAAGGUGUAAAUGGC